AUGAGCAAAUGGGACACACUCAAGGAACGUUUGCGGGAGUCAAAUAGAGAUUUAGAUGCAGAAUUUGAACAGUUUCUUAACGAGGUUUGUACCAAAUCAUUUAGACCAAUUUUAUAGACGUCUUACAUCUAUACUGGUAGCUUCAGAGACAAACUUGAAAUAAGUCUAACAUUAGUCGUAUAUAUUGAAUAUCAUUGUAGUUAUUAUAAAUAGUUUUGUUAUUGGAUUGAGAAGGAGCCAUGAAGGCUAUUUAUGUUAAGAAUUACUAUAAUUAUCAACAAUUAGCUGUUGUAGUUUGUAUCUGAACUAACAGAAAAAGAUUAAAAACACUUAAAGGAAGAGCCACACUCUUUCACACUUUAAUCUUUGUCAAGCAGUUCAGACACAAACCAUGGCAGCUGGUGUAUGCCAUCAAUACACAUUUCGCAGAGAGAGAAAAUGCGCUAGAGUGAUUGCAUACAAAUACAUGGUCUGGUACAUGAUCUUAUCAUGUGUACUAACCAGUGACUGAAACAGUACACCAUAACCGCAGGUGCUAACAAUAUUUCUAAGCAUAUGGAGUAAUCCAAUCACAUUGUUUCUAGUCACUUUCUGAAGAAUCUGUUACCUCUCCCCGAGCUAAAUCUCCUGAUUCAAAAAGAAGAGAUUUUAGCCGAGCGCAGAAACCCGGUGCAUCGGGUAAACCCUGGUGGGAAAGCAGUGCCGAGGAUGACUCUGCAUCCAAAGAUGUCCAAAACUGGUUUAAAACACCAACGGUACAAGAAGAAGAUGAAUUCCUUGAAGAGGAAGAACUACAAGCCACCAACACAAAUCCAGAUGAUGGAGAAUUCAAACAGCCUCCUGCAGACCUUGGAGUUUCUGUGACCAUGAGCAAGGACAGUUUAGAUGAUGGUGGUAAGUCUGAAUAUAAUUGGGUCAUUCCAGAAAACAUCCAUACCUCCCGGCCCACAGAGGAAAUCGCCCCCUACCCCGAAUGGAUUUCCUAUUAAAUACACUUACUAUUAUCAGAAACAAAUUUUUCUCCCCUGCUUCUGACAGCAGAACGACCCAUCGCAAACUUGGCUUGCUUCUGCAAUGCUUCAUAUUGUUCUGUAUUUUGUUUUACAUUAUUAGGUGCUAAAGAUGCUGCUGUAGAUAAACUAUCUGAUAUUGAAAGGUAAACUCAUUAAGCCACAAUUAACCUAUUGAGCUGCAUUGUUCCCUAGCUGAUGUGCUAUCAUUUACUACUAUUUUUAACUUUGGAUAAUUUUGCUCAGUGAUCAUCUUGCAUACCUCACUUGAAUACCCCAUUCACAUAUGAAUGCCAGCUUAGAUCUUUGAAAUUACAACUAUAUAUUACCGGUAACUAAAAAGUGACUCUAGAGGGCCCAGUCUGAUAACAGGAGGAAACUGAAAUACCUGGAGUCUUUUCAUCUGCCUCUAGUAGUGAAGUAAAAUUAUGACGUGCCUGCAGAUUGUAGUUAUGUGAAGCGUACAUUUUGGUUAUUUAGCUUUGCCAACUAGGGCAGGGUUACCACAGCAGCAUAUGCUGGUUAUUGUGGGCCCUUUUUACCUAACCCACCCCGUCAACUUUCACUGUGGGAGGAAACCGGAGUGCCCGGAGAAAACCCACAACUUUUGGCAGAGCGUUGACUUUUACUCUAUUUGCAUGAGGACUGUGUUCGAGUCGCAUUGAGGAAGUUCUCGCUGAGGCUUGGACCUGCGGUCUUAGAGGUGAAAGGCAAGUGCGCUAACCACUUUGCCACCGAAGCCCAUAAAUUUGAAGCCACAUUUUAAAUUUGAAUUGAACCUCUUGAGCUAUGGACUCGAGGUAGUGUCAUAGGUACAGCCAUGAAUUAUAAUUUGGCAGAGAUGAAAAACACAUGUACCUGUAUGCACUUACUAUAAAACUAUUCCUAUGAUAAUCCCGGAGGAAAUUCUUCAAACAUUUUAGCCAAAAUGUUGAUGAAAAUGAUGAGAACUACAGCUAUACUGAACCAUCAGGUUCACCCACAUCGUCACCAUCUCAAAAACGGCCAGGAAAACUAGACGAGCCAAGUCAGAACACCGAGACAGGGAUGAACACUCAAAAUGAACUCGCUGAGAAAUUGGAGUUUUUCAAACAAAUGGAGCGAGAAAAAUCAAAUCUUGAUUAUGGCAAGUUGAAUGAAAUGCUGGAUGAUGGCACGAGUGUUACUGAUCAAGUCCGAGCUGAUGAUCUCCUACAAGCCACUGGAGUGGAGCUAGGAAACUCAAUUUUUAAUGCAACAGGUAUCAGAUGUACAGACUGAGUUAUUGUUAACAGGGGGACCGGCUUAACCCUAGGUUAACCUAAAGUUCAAAGCAAACCUCCUAACAUCUUGUCUAUAAAUUUGGAAAUAUUUCUUCAGAAAUCUUGUCUGGAUCACUCACUGUAGGAGUUUUCUUCUCUGAAGUUUCGAAAUAAACAGAUGUGCAGAAAUACAUAAACUAAAACAGCAGGUUAAAUUUUAACCCAGGAUUAGCGCUAAUCCAGCUUUGAACAACCAGGCCCCCGCUUUUAGCCAGCGUGUCAAAACUGUGUUUUUUGAACGAACUUUGUUAAUGACGUCAUAAUUAGAACAAUUUAAAUUCACGAACUCAGACGCAACCAGUUUGGCGGCAAUAAUGUGAUUGUGAAUUUAUUGUAAACCCGCUUGCAAGAUGACAAUGUCCUAAUGAAUUGAAAAUUUUACGGUGUAAGGACCAUGCGGUUUGCCUUCUUGUCAUAUUUUUGGCCAAGUUGGCUGUGGAGCGCGGAAAAUGGGAAGGUCACUGGUCCAAAUGAUGAAAUUGGUAUGAAAUGCGCAAGAUUACGUGAUUUGCGCGCGCUUUUGCUCACGCUAAUUAUGCUUCUGACGAUCCUAUAGAUUUAUUGUAGAUGCAUUUUUAGCUGAUAUACGUUGUUUUACUAGAAACCGCUGAUGUGUUAUCACCCAUUAAGAAAGUCGCUAAACCCUCAACAGAGAAGGUAUGAUAUGGUAUGGUAUGGUAUGGGUGAGGUUCAUUGGGUAUGGUACGGUUACUACUAGAGGUGUGCGUCGGAUCGGAUUGACCUCUCUCAAUCCGAUGGUUUGUCUAAGUUCUCAAUCCGAAUCCGAUCCGAUCCGAAGAUGAAAAAAGUAAUCCGAUCCGAUCCGAAACAAUGUUUAUAAAAUCCGAUCCGAUCCGAUCCGAUGCUAAAAUUCGUAAUCCGAUCCGAUCCGAACUUAAGUUGUGUACGCUGUACAGCGUGCGUUAAUUAUUAUAAACGUAUUUUUUCAUGAUCAUAAACGAUAUAUUGGAAAUAAUGAAUUUCUAGCAAAAAUAAGCAGAUACGAAUCCGAUAAAAAUUGCAGGGCGAUAUCACAUAAUUAUGCCUUAUAGCGUUCACAUUUACAGUACACAGUAACAGCAGUUUAUAUUUUAUUAGAAUUAGCAUAGAAAAAAACCCCAACUAGUCAAAAAUGUUUUAUUCAGUAUAAUAAAUCAUGAGCUUGAGCUAGGUUUACAUUUUAAAACAUCUUAAAGUUUAUCACUAAUAAACCUCAAUGGGUGGCAUAAUGGCAUUCGUUAUUCGCGAUUUCGCGAGCGAGCAAAACGUCACUUUGACUUUGUAGUUUGUAGUUUGUAUGGACUAUAUGGAUUAUGGAAUUACUUUUAUGCUCAAAGCCAUUGUGAAUUCUGAUGCCAUUUGUAACGUAAAAAGUGGAAUACAGCUGCAGAAUAUAGAACUUUCUCAAUUUGUAAAAAUAUUCGAAUAAUUCGACGUGAUACAAGAAAAAUCAAAUCCGAACCGAUCCGACAAAAAACCUGCAAAAUCCGAUCCGAUCCGACAGAAACAAAACGAAAUCCGAUCCGAUCCGAGUAAUUUACUGUCCGAAUCCGAUCGGAUCGGAUUCGGAUCGGAUUCGCACACCUCUAGUUACUACAGUAUGGUAUUCCAUGGUAUGGUUUGAUAUAAUAUGGUAUAACAUAGCAUAUAAUGAUAUGAUAUGGUAUGCGUCAGUGGGUAUGGUAUUCCAUGAUGUAGUGUAUGUAGCAAUGGUAUGUAGGUCUGUAAAUUAACUCUUGGCUGUGACUAAGGAGAGUCUAUUUUCAUUUAUAGAAUACAAGCAAGCCUUCUUUGUUGUCUAAAGGUAAGUGAGUACAUGAUUUGUAUUAUUUAUUAAAAUGUCGGUUAUCAGUAAUCAGCGUCUCUAAUCAAUGUUUUGUAGUAUCAUUGAUGGAUUCUCUGGACUCCACUGUGGGAACGGCUCAACGAGAAAAAAUCAAGCAGAUUAGACAUAGACAAAUUGAUGUCCCAGUUUCUGAAGACAUAGGUGGGAAGACUUAUACAUCUGUUGAAAGCAGUUGGCUUAGCAUCCCUUUAUAGGCAUAGCAUUUAUUAUUUCUUUACUGCGUCUGACUGUACUAUAAGAAAUUACAGCUUGUUCUUUUACUUGCUACUUACGCUUAUUUGCAGAACCUCAAUCUGGCGGCAAUGACGUCAACAAUGAUGUAAUCGAUGAUGAACAGGAAUAUUCGGAAAGUUUCGAAAGUGAUGUUGAACAGGAGCGAUCAGAGGUUGCGAGGACCGGGACUGGAUUACUAAAUACUUCCGGUGCGGGUGAAUUGGCAGCCUUACAGCAGGCACUUCAACAUGCUCAUUUAGAUAGCACUAGCGACAGUGCACGUCCUUUAGGUAUGUUCUAGUUAGAGAGACAGUUAAACAAUACCAUCAUUUAGAUUGGGGGUGACAGUGGUCAACAGGGCCGUAGCUAGACGCGAUUAUUGGGGGGAGGGGGGUAUAUUCAUACAUUUAUGUUCACAUACCGUAAAAACAAUCACUUUCAAAAGAAAUCCGUCGGGCAGAAUACGAAUAUAUGAAUAUGCACCCCAAUUAUUGGUCUAGCUACGGCCCUGGUGGUCAAUGUAUGCACCAUUCAUAGGUGUUGGUCGGUUCUUGUGCUUGCACAAUUUUGCUUCAGUUGGAUGUAAGAAGUAUGUCAUCAGUCAACACUGCAUGCUUUCUUCGGUUUUCUGGCUUUCUAUUGCAGUAGCAGCAGGAAUAGCUUAUUCUAACCAAGCCGGUGGAGCCAUUCAGUAUACAAAAAGUUAGUUUAGUGUGUUACCUUGUACUAUCUUUUAGAUGAUACAACUGCAAGUAAACCUGAAGUUCAAGAAACUCAAGGAACCGUUAUAAAGAAACCUCCAAUUCCACAAAAAGAUCUCGCAGAAGUGGCGGCAUCUUCUCAAACAAAUCAAACCGUCCAUCAAGAAGUUUCCGUUACCCGACCUGUGGCUGCAUCAACAACCUCAAAUGAAUCAAAAGGAUUCAGCUCUGUCUCCGUCCCUCUUCUCAACCAGACAUUGCAACUCCCCCCUGAUAUGAAUGGUUCUGCCCAAGAGCAACCUGGGAUCAUCCUUUCCCGAAACUUCGAAACUCAAGAUCCUGUAAAACCGGUUCUGAGCCGUGAUGAUAUCUUUCAAACCCGUCAGACCGGCUUCCCAUCUGGUAUAUCGGCAGGUUUUGAGCUGCCCGGUCAAAGGGAACCAGCUGAAUAUGAAAACCGCAGCUUCUUGUCAGAGAACUUCAACUUUCAAAUUGAAAACCGACGUGAACCUCCCGGAUUUCCAACUUACGAUGAUGGUGAUCAGCAUGGUUUCAGUCUUCAACCUGUUACCGGUGUAUUACAGCCGGGGGGAGUGAAUGUUGCACAAAUCGUAGAGGAGGCGAUUGUUGAAGAUAUAUUCUCGAGGAAUGUUAGUGGAAGUACUCCUAAGACGGGGGGAAAUCCUACUGGAAAUACUUUCCCGGGGGAGGUCUCCAGUGAUGAAGAUACGCCCCCUCCUGAAAGUUUAAAGAAUAUUAAAUCUGUUGUAAGGAAAAGACGGGAAGCGCAAAAUAAUGCGAAACCUCCGACUGGGAAACAACGAGAGACGAAGAAAGGCACACCUAAAGUUAUGCCAAGAAGUGCUACACCAGGGGGACGUGGAAGGAAGAUAGAGGAUAAGGGAGGAAGAGUGGGGAAAGUAAGGAGCAAGCAGGGGAUCGUUGGGGAUGAUAAGAAUGUUGUGGUUGAUGACCGCUUUGGAUGGAAGGAUAAAACUGGAAUGAGUUCCUCGCGUGAGAAAAAAGGAAUCACCUCGAGAAGGCAGAAGGUAAGAAAGAAGGUAAAAGUGAAAGUUCAGAGGCUUAUCAAUUUUACUAACAAGCGUAAUUAAUUAGCCUUUGUGUUUCUCUGGUUUCUCUAAUGUCAACAACCCUUCAGCUGCGGCCAUCCCAAGGUCUCGGAAUAACCUGAUAUUUUUUCAAAUCACAGAACUCCAUUUUCAAAUGCCAAAACUCCGUUUUCAAAUGCCGGAACUCCCUUUUCAAAUGCCAAAACUCCCUUUUCAAAUGCCAGAACUCCAUUUUCAAAUGCCAGAACUCCAUUUUCAAAUGCCAGAACUCCAUUAUAAAUGCCAGAACUCCAUUAUAAAUGCCAGAACACCGUUUUCAAAUCGCAGAACUCCGUUUUCAAAUACCAGAAGUCCAUUUUCAAAUACCAGAACUCCCUUCUGAAAUGCCGGAACUGCGUUUUCAAAUGCAAGGACUCUGUUCAAAUUCUGAAGUUAAUGGGGCAGAAUGCUGAAUAGCCUGGUGUGGUCCCUGAGUUUGAAAUCAUUUAUAAUUUCUUAUAUAGUCCAGACAAUCGCCAAAGCAACAACCGAAAGCACCCGAAGAAUCUCCUGCUGAAUUGAUGGCUUCCGUCGAAUCUUUUGCUAAUUAUCUCAACAGUUUUGUUCACCGCGACGAUCACGAGCAACGCACGUCACACGAGGGACACACGUCACGCGUGGAAUAUGAUAGUGUGUCUGAGGAAGACCUGGGAACCAACCGAAUAUCACGUGAACAAGCUUUGCGUAAAGAGGUUGAGCAUUGGCAAGCUAUGUGGCAGGUAGGAUUUUGGACCUCAGAAAUCCUAGUUGCAGCAUUAAACUAAACCAACUUUAUUUUUGCUGAAUAGCUGUAUCAUUGCUGAAGUGUUGUCUCCAGGGGUGGAUCCAACAAGGUUUUUCUAGGGGGGUGCUGGGUGAGCAGCCAAGUGUUUCUUUAUAAUUCUGUAGGGGGUGGUGGGAGAGCAUUCAAAUGAAUUGGCUUCCUAACGAUUCAAGCUCCCUAGGGGAUUCAGGGGUAUGCCCCCUGGAAAAUUUUGAAAAUUAGAACCCUAGAAAUGCCAUUUCCUGUGAUAUGGGCAUUGAAUUAUGAGGUUCAAUUUGACUUCAAAAAAGGGAAAACCUUGGAAAUUAUGCCACAUUUCUGAAUUUGAUUUUAUUGCACCCCCUUGCACCCCUGUUGACCAAGGCCAACAGGGGUGCGCAUCCCUGUGCACCCCCUAUAAAUCCACCCCUGGUUGUCUCUAGAGGUCCAGUAAGAGCAGUCUCUUUUUAUCUCGGUGUUAUUUCAUGAUGAAACCGCAAGACUUGCCAUGAAAUGAAAUUAUAAUCAAACAAUGAACCUACAGUAUUACCUAAUGAACAAAAUUUUGAUCUAGACAAAAAUUUCAUCACAGCUUGAAAGAGCAUCACAAAAUUAGUAAUAUUCCGAAGUUUCGUUGCGAAAUGUUGUAAAAUGCGGAUAAUAUAGCCCUGCGAAGUUUGCCGUUUUUCAGUCAUUUUGUAUUUCGCACGGGAAAUUGAUACCGCUUUCUGAAAAAAGGUAUCAAAAUUUCCCGUGCGUAAUACCAAAUGAUUGAAAAACGGCAAACUUCGCAGGGCUAUAUUAUCCGCAUUUUACAACAUUUCGCAACGAAACUUCAGAAUAUUACUAAUUUUGUGAUGCUCUUUCAAGCUGUGAUGAAAUUUUUGUCUAGACUUGUCUAGAUCGAAAUUGUGUUCAUCAGGGAAUAGGUCCAUUGAAUAUUGCAAGAAUUAUAACCCCGGUCAUGGAGGUCGAAGGCACAUACACUGACUACUUUAUCACUAAGGUAUAGCUCAAAAUCUUGGAUCCAGAAUAUCUAACGUUUCAAGUGUUACUAAAUAGUUUUCAUAUUUUCAGGAUGAAAAAAAUGAAAAAGAGAAGCUGAUAGACAUGCUAACUCAGAAGGACAAGGAAUGGAACAGACGAGAACAGACAUUAAGUUUGCAAUAUAAGAAAGAGAUCAAUGACUUGAAACAGAAGGUGUUUGUUUUAGAAAGUCGACUGAAGGAUGUUGACGAUAAGAAACGGACGUCUAAAGCUAGCAAUUUGAAGGUGGGCUACGUUCGUUGUAAAAUAAAUUAAACUAACUUUGUUUAGUCACGAUGGUCCUAUCAGUUCUAAACUCGUCUCCCUAUUCUAUUGGUCUCGAAACACCCAUUCCUUAUUGAUUUAGUGUUAUUACAGGAGAAAACGUAGUUCCCAGAGAAAAUUUUGUUUGGUAGAGUUAAACUGUAGGCGUUCUUCUCGCGUGCGAGUUGGUCUGAGGUGAAAUUAUAAUGGAGAGAUGAAAGACAAGUGAUCAUUUUUUUUUCAGUCAAUGUCAGACGAAGAAUUACGAAAACUUGAGAAAGAGAUUCGUGAUCAAGAUCAACUGCUGACCGGAUAUCAACAAGAGAACGAGAGAUUGUACGAAGAUCUAAAGCAAGCACAGAUCAAAGCCAAGACUGCUGAAGCACAGAUGUUUAAAGAAAAUCAAAAAUUAGGUAAAGAUAGAGAAUAAAACAAGGUAACUAGGUAAAAUCCUUCAAGCUUGAGGUUUCUCCAGGUGCUCUGGUUUUCUUCUGCGGUUAUUACACUGGACGAUUGAGAGACACGGCCCUUACUGGACCUGUAGGGAAACCAAUUUAGAAUAGAAAAAGCUAUUGGUUGAGUUUAGUUUAAAGUUGGUUGAGUUUAGUUUUCCUGUUGAAGUAAGAGUGAACAAGGGAUGGUUCUUUUAUGGAGCACUACAGUUUAGAGCAGAUAGAGUUAUCCAGUAAUUAAAAUGAGUUUUGAUUCAGUAGAGUGAUGUUGAAUAUCUAUACCCACCAUUUCCAGCUAGUGAAGUGGCAGCACUAAAAGAAAAAUUGGAACGAAAGGAAGGAACAUUUGAAAUAAGUGGAACAGCCGCGCUGGGAGCAGAGAGGAUUCAUCAGCUUCAUGCCCAAGUGAAAAUACUCAAGACGAACGAACAAGAAAUGAAGAAAGAGAUGGACACUCUGGAGAAUGAGAAACGAAAAGUAGAAAGAGAAGUGAAGAAUUUGGAAAGGGAAAGAGAUAAAGCUGUUCAACGAGCUGAUGACGCUCUUGGUAGGUUUCCUCGUGUUGUUUAUUAGUGCACGAAUAAGGUGAUGUGUCCCCCUUACUGGACCUUUAAAAAAACCCAGUUUGGAACUGAUAGAGAUAUCCAGUAUAAUUGAAGCUUGCUUAAUUUAGUUUAGUUUGGUUUGGUUUAGUUUAAAAGUUUAGCCCUAGCUGGAAUAAACUGCUCAGACUUAGAUCUGAUUUAUUCCUGAUUUUUGGAUUCUUUAGGUAGUAGUUCUCAAACACUGCAGGACAUAGAGUCCAGUCAUGCAACUGAAAUCCAGAGAUUAAACAGAAAGUUAGCAUGGUAUGUGGAGAAUCAAGAACUGCUGGAUAAAGAUGCAGCGAUAUUUAAACAGAAAAAUGAAGAAAUUAAAGAACUGAAAGACUUGGUGGAAAGACUGGAAGCAGAACGAGGAAAUAUAAAUAUGGAGAAGGAUAAGAAAGAGAAGGAGAGAGUUGGGGAUGCUAAACGAAUUCAAGAUCUCGAGCGGCAGGUAUGUUGAAUGACAGGCGUAAAGGUCUAGUCAGCAAUUAAACUAAAAUUUUCCUUUAUUGUGAUUUUGUUCCUGAAGGUUCGGUAAGAGUCGUCCCCUAUUGAUCCAGUAUUGCUGCAGGAGGAUGACUAACAAAUCUAAUAAGUUCUCCCUAUUUGUUUCUUAGUUCCUAUUUGUUCCUUAAUUCCUAUUUGUUUCUUAGUUCUUCCUAUUUGUUCCUUUAUUAAGUUCUCUCAGUUUGUUCCUUAGUUCUGGAACUUUUUCUAGUUCCAGUAAGGAAGGACCUUUAUUGAUCCAGUGUUAUUUACCUGCAGUGUUUAAUAGAGUCAAACACAUUCUUCACUUCGGAGGUGAAUUUAUAAUUAGACAACUGCCCAUUGCCUGAAUCGUAUCAAUGAUUACGUAUUAUAUAUACUGUAUAGAAUUAAUUAUUUAACGAACCUUUCUUGUAGGUUCGUGAGAUGGAACAAAUUAUCAAACGCCGCUAUCCAAACUCAAUCCCCGCGUUAAUUUAUGCUGCUUCAUCGGCACCAGGUGAUGUUAUACCUUUAAAAUCCGAAGAUUCUCCGAAGAAGCCAACCGGACCUUCGUACGCAUUUCUUGAAAAUUGCGUGAAGAAACUGAACCAAGAGUUGGAAGAUCGCGAAGAAGAAUGGGCACGAAGUUUUCGGGUCUUGGAACAAAAAUAUAAUGCAAUGCAAUUGGACUAUGAAAAUCACGUGACGGACUUACGACGCGAGAUGGAGGAUGAACGCGAGAAAGUGACGUCAUAUACACGCACGCGCGCGCAGACUGCCUCGCUUGAGAAAGAGUUGGAAAACGUGCGUGGUAAACACGAACGAAAAAUGCAAGAGCAAAAUGCGGGGAUUAAAAAAAUGCGCGAUGCACACGAACGAAAGACGCAAGAACUCAAUGUGGAAAUAAAGACCUUGCGUAACGCGUUACACGCUAAGAAAAACGUGCUCACGCAACCUGAAGGAAAAAGUGGGAAAACGAAACGAAAUAAACGGGAAGCAUCCAAGGAUAAGCUUCCUAAGGAUAAUAUGGACUCCAGGAUUGAUUCAAAGAGAAUUGAUGAGAACUUCGAGGCACGUUUAGCGAGCUUACAUGAAGUAUGUGAGCAAAAGGAUCGUAUGAUUGAAGAACUACGGACAACCUGUGCCCAACUUCAACAUCAGAGACAAGAGAUGCUGGUUGAAAAAGAACUAGCGGUUUCUAGGAAAACGUUUCAAGAAACUUCGCAAGAGAAGUUGGAUGUUCUUAGUACGGAGAACCGCCAACUACGGGAGCAACUCUCGCAAGUCACGGUUGAAAUGGACCAACAACGUGUGCGGUGUGUAAGCUUUAUCAGUUGUGUCCGGUUAGUAGCCCAGUGUUAUUACUGGAGAAUGCUGGAAUACCUGUGGGGAAGACAUGGGGUGUUUGGUAGAACCAGACUGGCACCACUUUUCUCACAUGUGACUGAAGCGAAAUUAUAAUCAGUCAUUUUAUAUUAUAGGAAUGAAGUCAAUGAACCCCGUGCACACACUAACCACUUGUUAUUGUUAGAGUGUUUCAAGGCCUGUCAUCCCCCUAACAUUCUUUUAUACAAUGUUUAGUUAUCAAGCGUCGCUUGCCGAGGUUGAGCGUAUUGCCAGACAGGAACGAGAGGCCUCACAUGAUGAGUUAUGCUCGCUGAAAACACAACAUAGGCAAGGGAUUGAGAGCAUUAAACAAGACUAUGUUGCUCAACAUUCUCGCUCUAAACUCUCUGAAUUGACGAACAAAGUUGCCAGCUUGGAGAUAGUCAUUGAACGCUUGAAAGAUAAGUUAGCCAAAAGUGCGGAGAUAGAAGUCGAACUCGCCUCGAAAAAGGUAAUAGGCCUCAUCAACCAGCACAUGUUUAUGCCUGUUGCCAACAUGUGACCUUUCAUUUCAUGCUUACGUUAUCAGAACAAUGGUAACUAAGCAUGCGAGUUAGCCAAAAAAUAAAACUCGAAUGGCAAUCGACAUAAAUAUGCGUUAGUCGAUUUGAUAAAUUGGAGAAAUUAUUUUCACCCUAGUACAAAGCAGGGAUGUUUUUCAGACUUUAAUAUCUCCUUAUAGGUGCAUGAGGAAGUUCUACAUCAAGAAAUCAGACAAUUAAAAUCAGACCUUAAAAAGGCGAAACAAUUUCAUACUCCCGAAAUGCAGCAUUAUUCUCAACUUGAAGACAAAAUAGUUGCUAUGGAAACUCGGUACACCCGACGGGAGCACGAACUUCAGACGAUGAUUCAGAACCUCCGAGUAGAUGCCGAUGUCGAGAAAGACGCAGUGCUGAGAAAAUGGCGAGAGUUGUUACGGAAGAAGACGGAAGAGACCGAACGCUUCCGAGUUGAACUCGAAGCUAUUUUAUCGGUCUUGGAAGAACUACGCCAACAAGGCAUUGUUAUCCCCCGAUAUAAAAUUAAGCAUUUGCAGUAUUCAUAA